GUGUUCCUUAGCACCACUGGAGGGGCAUGGGUGAUGAGCCGAGUCAGUGAGUCGGGGCUCCCAUGGGACAUGCUGUUCAUGACUCGAUUUCAUAACAUGUUGAGAAAUUCCCUCCCAACUCCAGUUGUGACUUGGUGGAUGUCAAGAAAGAUAAACAGCUGGUUCAAUCAUGCAAACUAUGGCUUAGCACCAGAAGACAGGACACAGAUGAAAGAGCCUGUGAUAAAUGAUGAGCUCCCAGGCCGUAUCAUCACUGGGAAAGUGCUCAUCAAGCCAAGCAUAAAGGAGGUGAAGAAAAACUCUGUCAUAUUUAACUACACCCCAAAGGAACAGCCCAUUGACAUCAUUGUCUUUGCCACUGGAUACACCUUUGCUUUCCCCUUCCUUGAUGAAACUGUAGUGAAAGUCGAAGAUGGCCAGGCAUCACUGUACAAAUACAUCUUCCCCGCACAUCUGGAAAAGCCAACCCUGGCUGUCAUUGGCCUCAUCAAACCCUUAGGCUCCAUGAUACCCACAGGAGAAACGCAAGCUCGAUGGGCUGUUCAAGUCCUGAAAGGUGUGAAUAAGUUGCCGCCUCGAAGUGUCAUGAUAGAAGAAGUUAAUGCCAGGAAAGAGAACAGGCCCAGUGGGUUUGGCUUGUGUUACUGCAAAGCCUUACAAUCAGAUUAUAUCACAUACAUAGAUGAACUUCUGACGGAUAUCAAUGCCAAACCCAACCUGUUCUCUAUGCUCCUGACGGAUCCACGUCUGGCUUUGGCCAUCUUCUUUGGCCCGUGCACACCAUACCAGUUCCGCUUGACCGGCCCAGGAAAAUGGAAAGGAGCCCGAAAUGCCAUCUUGAACCAGUGGGACCGAACACUCAAGGCCACCCGAACUCGCACUAUACAAGAAUCCCCAUUUCCAUUUGCAAUCUUACUCACUGUCUUUCUGGUUUUGCUUGUGGCUGUUUUUCUGAUUUUCCUCUAAAUAAAAGAUUACCUAAAUGGCUUGUCAGAUGCACAGAGUAGAUU